AGCUCCUGCUCCGACCCGCUCCUGCCGCCACCCUGGCAGAGACAGAGCCUCCCGCCGGGCUCCUGCUGGGCACCCCAGCGCUUCUCCAAGGCCGUGCUUGUCAUCAUCGAUGCUCUCCGCUUCGAGUUUGCCCACUUCAACCCAGCCAAAGCCAGCCCGCUGCCCUAUGAGAACAAGCUGAGUUUCCUGCACCACCUCGCAACCUCCCAGCCCCGCCAUGCCCGUCUCUACCGCUUCCGAGCUGAUCCCCCCACCGCCACCAUGCAGCGCAUCAAGGGCCUCACCACGGGGUCACUGCCCACUUUCAUCGACGUGGGCAGCAACUUUGCCACCUAUGCAAUCCAGGAGGACAACCUGCUGGCACAGUUGGUACAGAAUGGAAGAAGAGUGGUCUUCAUGGGUGAUGACACCUGGGAGGGACUCUUCCCAAAGAAGUUUUUCCGCUCAUAUUUCUUCCCUUCUUUUAACGUGAAGGAUCUUCACACUGUGGAUGAUGGGAUCCUGCAGCAUCUGUAUCCAACUGUGGACAGUGGUGAAUGGGACAUGCUGAUUGCUCACUUCCUUGGUGUGGACCACUGUGGACACAAACACGGGCCAGACCAUCCCGAAAUGGCGAAGAAGCUCACGCAGAUGAACGAGAUGCUCAGGUCCUUGGUGGAUCACCUGGGGAAUGACACCCUUCUUCUGGUGGCUGGGGACCAUGGCAUGACCGAGACGGGAGAUCAUGGUGGUGAGAGUGAGAAGGAAGUGAAUGCAGCACUGUUUGUGUACAGCAGAACACCCCUAUUUGGCACUGUCCCUCCAGAGGAGCCAGAGGCCAUUCCCCAGGUGAACUUGGUGCCCACUGUGGCCCUGCUGCUGGGUGUGCCCAUCCCCUACAGUAACAUCGGGGAGGUGAUGGCUGAGCUGUUCUCCGGGGAUGGCGACGCUGUGUCUGCAGCCUUGCAGCAGCUUUCGGUCUAUCACAUCAAUGCCAAGCAGGUGGACCGCUUCCUGCAGUCCUACUCGCUGGUGGCUCAGGACCUGCCCACAGAGCAGCUCCAGCGCCUGCAGGAGCUCUUCUCCGGAGCUGUAGAGGAGCACACUCAGCUCUUGGACCAGGUGCAGGGGGCAACGUUGGUGCCUCCGGAGCUGGAGUCCAGGCUGGGAAGCCUCAUCAGUCGCUUCCAGCUCUACCUGCGGGAGGCACGGGCUGUGUGCACUCGGUCCUGGGCCCGCUUCAACUCUCUGCGUAUGGUGGGGGGCUGCACCCUUAUUGCUGCUUCCUGCUUGCUCUGCUACGUGGCCUCAGAGCUGGCUGCAUUGUCAGACUUCUACCGCAGCUGCCUCCUGUACCCGCUGCUCUGGGGCCUCGUGGUGGCUGUUCUGCUUGUGCUGGCCCAUGUAUUCACCCAGGAGGGGCUGGAUCUCCUCCUGGUGUCCUCAUGUGCAGCCGCUGCUUCUCAGCUGGGAUUUUUCUGGCACUGGUGGGGCCGGCAUCCCAAGCGAGCCCGUUUAGUGGGCAGUCAGCCACCCUUGGCCAGCACUGGGCUAAGGCAGAGGCUGCGAGCGUGGCUGGGGCUGGCAUUCCCCAUGGGCAUUCUGCUCUUCCGCUGUGGAGCCAUGUUCUCCGAUAGCUUUGUCGUGGCCGAGGCCCAGGUGGCCCCGUUCCUGCUGGCCUCACUGGUGAUGCUGCUAGUAGGGAAGCUCCACUGGGACGGCCGCCUGACUGUGCCAGAGGGCCCCAAGCAGCAGGUCCUUGGCUUUUCUUCUUACCGGAGAGAGAUCUGGUACCUUCUGUGCCUCGUGGCCAUGCUCCUGGUCUGCGUGCGCCUCUCUGGUUUCUUCCACCAGUGCCGCGAAGAAAUUCCUCAGUGCCGGCCCUCUCUUUUCCUCUCCCCGCUUGCCAGCCUGAGAAACACACGGGCCAAGAACCUCUUCUACCUCCUGUGCGUGGCCUUGCUGGCCGGGCUGGUCUAUGCAGUGCGGAGCUGGCUGCGACACUACGGCAACCUCAACAGCUCAGACCCCCUUGUGCUCUUUGUGCGCUGGGGUUUCCCACUGGUGGUCGUCUGCAUUGCCUGCUACUGGGCAGUUGCUUCCAGCGCUGAUGACUCUCUGGGCAAGCUGCAGGAGCUGGUGCAGGUUGCAGUUGUUGCCUUUCCAUGGGCUGUCUAUGGACUAGCGUCCAUGGGGCUGCUGCUCCUGUUGUGCAACCCCAUGACGGUGUUCGCAAAGGACACGCGGGAGUCAGCAGGAUCCAUCGUCACUCCCUACCUGGGGGUUCCCAGCUCUGAAGUUGACUUACUCCACGUCAUCCCUCAGAUCUACAAGAGGAUGCAGGAGUCUCAGAAGAGCCGCCUGGAGCGGGGCAGCUGCAGGGCCACCAUCGCAGCGUAUGGGCUGGGCAGCGUGUAUUCAGCAGCCCUGGUCAUAGCACUCACCCUGCUGGGCUUCCUCUUGAUGCUUCUCCACAGUGAGCGGCUGAGUCUCGCCUUCCUGCUCCUCUUCCUGGAGGCCUUUGUGCUCCUGCACAUCCACACGCGUGCCAGAGGCCUUGCUGGAGACACUGAGCCUUUUUCUGUGCCCUGGUAUGCAGUUAUCUCCUGGCUCCUUGCUGCUUCCCAGUUCUUCUAUUCCACAGGCCACCAGCCCAUCUUCCCGGCCAUCCACUGGAAUGCAGCUUUUGUGGGCUUCCACCUUGACCACAGCAACAACCUCCUGCCUGCUGUCCUGGUGGGCGCCAACACCUUUGCCUCCCAUAUCCUCUUUGCAGUUGGCUGCCCUCUGCUCCUGCUUUGGCCCUUUGUGUGUGAGAUGCCCAGCUCGCAGAAGAAGAAGCCCAAGAAGGAGGCCCGAGAGGAAUUGCAGGAGGUGGAGGAGCACAUGAUGGAAAUGAGGCUGCGGGAGUCCCCAGAGAAGUUCUCCACUGCUCUGCUGCAGCUGGGGCUGAAGUACCUCUUUGUCCUUGGGGCACAGCUUCUGGCCUGUGUUUGUGCAGCUAUGAUUCUCAGGAGGCACCUCAUGGUCUGGAAGGUCUUUGCCCCCAAGUUCCUCUUUGAGUCGCUGGGCUUUGUGGUGAGCAGCAUCUGCCUCUUGCUGGGGAUCUCCCUGGUGAUGCGUGUGGACUGUGCUGUCAGCACCUGGUUCAGCCAGCUUCAGCUCAGGUAG